AUGAAACAUGAUAACCUGCUACUGCAUAACCUGCCCCAACACUGCCAAGCAAAUGAGGAACCUGAAGUCCUAUCAAGAACCUUCAAUUUGAAUGUAGUACUAACUCCAUUUCAAAUUCCUUGCUGUCCGACUGUCUCAAAAGACAGCUAUAAAGAGCUCAGGAAAUUCCUCCACUGCUGCAAGCUCCCCUGAAGAGCACAGAAGAAGCAUGGAGGACUUGCUCUAGGUGUACUGCCAGAAGACAACUGAGCAAGGGAAAAGUCUCCAUAUACAUUUGUUAAUGGAUGUACACCUUAUGGUAGUGGAGAAGACCCUCAGCCAGUAGGCCUUCCUACUGAACAAUAUUAUGAUGUCACUCAGGUGGCAAAAAGAAAAAGUGAUGUGUGUAUGAAUGAUGAACUACUUCCCAAACCACCAGACACUUUGCCUAGAUCAUUGUGCCUGCCAUUUUCCUCCUCUCACCCCUACCCUACACACAUUUCUAGGUACACCAUGUUCCCAAACUUGAGAUCACCUGACGGUUGAGACACUGGGAUCAAUUCAAGCAGUCAUCAACCUUUCCAUCCCACUAUCUCUAGCAAGACUUUUGACAUGGCUGUUCUGAGGAAGACCAGAGCUCAAAUACAACUCUGUUUUAAGGAGCUCAAAUAUAACUUUUCUCCAAGAAUAACCAAUAUGCUACAAAACACUGAAAGGGCUCUGGAUAUCACAACACACAGUCAGGUCUUCACAGGGCAAAACAUUUCUGCUGGUCUGUCACAAGUGACACCUCCUGAAGGGUGCACUGCAUGCUUACUUCAAGGUGAACAUCCCCAUGAAUCAAUUCUGCAAAAACAGUACUCCUUCAGAUGCCUUCACCAGUACUCAGCAUUCCCACUGUUGUCACCAGCUACUAAGCGGGGGCAUCUUUCGGGAAGGCCCAAAUUUGAACCCCUUCCAAAAUUUGCACUUUCCUACGAAGACUUCAAGCCCAGAUAUUUGGAUCAUACAAUAUUGGAAAACCCAGUAAGCCUAAGUGCCAAGCUUCCACUGGAUGUCAAGCAUGAAGGAAGUGGAAUUUUGUUGCACAGACUUUGCCAUCAAGAAACAAGUCUGCCUGCAUAGAAACCAGAGGAUGGGCCAAGAGAGAUAACACUGCCUGAAUGGAUCCCCAGCUGUGAAGUUCCUCAGCUCCAGACAGUUCCUACGGAGCUGCAACAUUCCUUCUCUAUGACAGCAGCACAAAAACAUUUAUAUAAUUCUGUAAAAGGAGAGGAAAAAAAUCCUCACAGAUAA